AUGGGGUCGUCCAAAAAUGUGCUAAGUGAGCCUGUGGAUGGGGAGGAAGGCUAUAACAUGAUGGCUUCUUUCCAACGCUCUAAUAGCCAUGACAAAGUGAGGAAAAUAGUGGCAGAAGAGGGACGUACAGCAAGGAACCUGAUUGCCUGGAGCGUUCCUCUGGAGAACAAGGAAGAUGAUGGAAAAUCGAAAUGGCAAUCUGGUGGGAAAACCAAGAGGGUGACUCAAGGGACACACAAGACUGCAAAACAGAACACUAGCUUGGACUGUAAGCUGACAGCAGCAGCUGGAGAGAAGAGCUUUGACAAAAGCCCCACGAAGACAAGGCCGCGCAAGGUGGAUCUGCGCGCGCGGUACUGGGCCUUCCUGUUCGACAACCUGCGCCGCGCCGUGGAUGAGAUCUACGUCACCUGCGAGUCCGACCAGAGCGUGGUGGAGUGCAAGGAAGUCCUGAUGAUGCUUGAUAACUAUGUAAGGGACUUCAAAGCAUUGAUUGACUGGAUACAGCUACAGGAGAAGCUGGAAAAAGCUGAUGCUCAAAGCAGACCUACUUCCCUAGCCUGGGAAGUAAAGAAGAUGUCUCCAGGACGUCAUGUGAUUCCAAGUCCAUCAACAGACAGAAUUAGUGUGACAUCAAAUGCUCGAAGAAGUUUGAAUUUUGGGAACCCUGCAGUGACCCUCUCUGCCACACGUCUGGCUCCUGCUGCUGUGAGUUGGGCUGAUAAGGUGAAAGCCAACCAUGGAACCAAAGCUGCCAACCCUGAGCUGGCAGCAGCACCAGCCUGUCUGGCACCGCCCGCACAGAAGUCGCUGCGGAAAAACGAUCGGAGGGACGCGGAGGGCUGGGAGACGGUGCAGCGUGGACGGCCCGUGCGAUCGCGAUCCACCGCGGCGGCAAAACCUCCUGUGGCUGCAGAGUCGCUGAGGGCCAAAGGGGACAGUGACAAAGAAAAUGUCAUCUCACCAGCAGCAGAGAACAAGCAUGGGGGUUCAGGCAGCGCCAGUGCUGCGGCCCAGAGCACCGAGCUGGUGCAGAAGGAUCCUUUGCAGCACUCUGAGGCUCCCCUUACUGAAAGGGCUCAGGUCACAUGUGCCUCAGAAGCCAACGGGAGCACUGGCACAGCACUGCAAGGAGAUUCCCCACCACCAGCUGCUGAGCUGCCUCCAGGUCCCACCAAUGCUGACUGCUCUUCCAAAGCUCUGCAGGAGACUGAAGCCUCCUCCCAGGGCACUGCUGCUGCAGACUGGCAGCAAACAGAGAAAGCUAAAACUGAGGCUGAAAUGGACCCCUCAGAUAUUUCAAAUUCCAUGGCAGAAGUCCUUGCUAAGAAGGAAGAGUUAGCAGAUCGCCUGGAAAAGGCCAACGAAGAAGCCAUUGCCAGUGCUAUUGCAGAGGAAGAGCAAUUGACUCGAGAGAUUGAAGCAGAGGAAAACAAUGACAUUAAUAUUGAGACUGACAAUGACAGUGAUUUCUCUGCUAGUAUGGGCAAUGGAAGCAUUUCUUUCUGUGGUUUGUCUAUGGACUGGAAUGAUCUGCUGGCAGACUAUGAAG